AUGGCCUCAAGUUUUAACGUCAUGUUCUUCAAUUGCAUUUCGUUUUUUAUUCCGAUUUCGAUAAUUUCAUUACUCAUUGUGCGUUCGCUCAUCAAAGCAUUCACAAACCCUCAACCCACCAUCCGUUUUCCUCCAAGUCCACCAUCUUUACCCAUCAUCGGUCACCUUCAUCUAAUAAGCACCCAAUUGCCAAAGUCCCUCCAAACACUAUCUCGCCGUUAUGGCCCCCUCAUGCAAAUAAGUAUAGCCUCAACCACACAUGUCGUAGUCUCAAAUGCCAGUGUAGCGAAAGAAAUCUUGAAAACCCAUGACAUUAAUUUUUCCAACAAGUAUGAGUCUGGUCCUUGCCAAUACAAUAUAUAUAAAGGCUGUGGUUUUAUUACUGCCCCUUAUGGCCCUUAUUGGCGGUUUAUCAAGAAACUUUGCGCGACCAAACUUUUUGCCGGAGCCCAGCUUGAUCGAUUCAAUCAUUUGCGAGAGCAAGAAUUGGAAAAGUUGAUGAAAUCAUUAAUGAAGUGUUAUGACGAAGGGAAGCCUUGCAAUUUGGGGGUUGAGGUAGCCGACCUGAUGAACAAUUUGACAUUCAGAAUGACAAUGAGCAAGAGAUUCUCGGAAAAUGGUGACGAAGCUAAAAGGAUGAGGAUGUUGAUUCUGGAGAUUAUGGAGCUUGCUGGCAAGUUUGGUGCAAAUGAAGUGUUUGGUUUUCUCAAAAAUAUCGAUCUCUUUGGGAAUGGGAAAAAGCUUAGAGAAGCAAUUUGCCGAUAUGACGCACUUUUGGAAGAGAUAAUGAAGAACUAUGAAGACAAUCUAAAGAACGGUAAAGAAAAUAGUGAAGAUAGAGAUCUGAUGGAUAUAUUGUUGGAGACUUACAGAGACACGAAUGCUGAAGUGAAGUUAACGAGAAAUAAUGUAAAGUAUUUCUUCAUGGAAAUAUUUAUGGCGAGUGUGGAUACCACAUCAGCUGCCAUACAAUGGACCAUGGCAGAGCUCAUCAACCGUCCUGUGGUAUUCAAGAAGCUGAGAAAGGAAAUCGAAUCACUAGUGGGUUUGAGCAGACUAGUCAAAGAAUCAGACGUUCAAAAGCUCCCUUAUUUGCAAGCAAUCGUUAAAGAAUCCUUGAGACUUCACCCUCCGGGACCCAUUAUGUUCAGAGAAUGCAUCGCUGAUUGCAAGAUCAAAGGGUUCGAUGUAAAGGCCAAGACCAAAACCCUAAUAAGUUUAUAUGCCAUCAUGCGGGACCCGGAUUCGUGGCAUGAUCCAGAUGAAUAUAUACCGGAGAGAUUUCUGAGUGAGAACAACAUCGACGAGCACGAUGAAAUGGAAAUGAAGGGUCAGGAUUUUCGAUACCUUCCAUAUGGUGGUGGAAGAAGAGGAUGUGCAGGUGCUGCAUAUGCUCAUUCAGUGAUGCAUGCGACGAUUGGAGCCCUAGUUCAGUGCUUGGACUGGAAAGUGAAGGGCGGUGAAAAGAUUGAUAUUACUGUUGGGUCUGGAUUUUCAGGAGCAAUGGCAGAUCCUCUUAUUGUUUACCCUAUUGCACGUUUUAAUCCCUUCAAAUAA